AUGGGAAAUAGGAUAUCAAAGAUAAAACCAAAAAUUUUUUUUCAAACAAAAUCAAAAGAAUAUGAAAAAUUAAAAUCUUAUUUACCGGAUGAUGACAAGGAAAUAAAUCGACAUCAUACGCAUCAUUUUCUCAAAAGAUGUUUAUUCGAAAACAAUUUUUCUUCCCCUAUUGAACAAAAAUUAAUUAGAAAUCAAUGUAAAGUAUUAGAUGUAGCAUGUGGUGCUGGAACUUGGUUAUUGGAUUUAUCUAUUAAUUACCCAAAAUCGAAUUUUUUUGGUCUCGAUAAAAAACCACUCUUUCCGAAAGAGAUAAAACCUGAAAAUUUACAAUUUAUCCAAGCUGAUAUAUUAAAUGGAUUACCAUAUCCUGAUGACGAAUUCGAUUUUGUACAUCAAGAAACAAUGAUUCUUGCAUAUACACCUGAUCAAUGGAAUUUUGUGAUUUCUGAACUUGUCAGGGUAACGAAACCUGGUGGAUGGAUUGAAUUAGUUGAGCCAUACUCAUUUGCCAUAGGGGCAGGUCCCUUAUUUGUUGAAUUUUAUACAUCAGGUUAUACUCUAUAUUCUGUGUAUAUAUAUAUAUUUAUAUAUUUAAAGGAAGCCAAUCUCUCUAACGUUCACGCCUUAUAUUUUUUUAGCGUGUGA